ACAAGCACUUGUCGACUUCCUUUUUAGGAAAACAACAGGAUUUGAAGUGAUUCACUCCUUAAAACGAAUUUAUUGAAAUUGGUGACGAUUUGACCAGAAGGAAACCGCUAGAUAUUUUAUUCACUUAUUUUUUUCAGCCGUUGGUUUGAUACAUCUUCACAGUCAGAAUGUCUUUGGACGGCCAGUUUCGUCAGCUGAUUAUCUCAGACCCUCAAAAGAAGGCACCCCCAGCUGUGGCACCCAAGCCAAAAGUACAAAACUCAUCACCAAAGCCAUUUAGACCAGGAGGCAGUUCCUACAGACAGUUCCAGAGAACUGAAGAUUUCCCUCCUCCUCCACCUCAGACUGCAUAUGUAGAGGAACAAAACUUCCCACCUCCACCUCCUGACACGGGGAGGGGUUAUGGAUACCAGGAAGUACAUGACGAGUUCCCUCCGCCUCCCGAAGCAUCCACAGGAUACAGAGGACAAGAUGUCACGUCACCAAUCCACGUCGCAACCGACUACAAUCAGCAGUCCACAUACAACUCACAAAGUGGAUCAUAUGGAGGGAACCAGUAUUCUCCGUCUUCAGGAGGGUACCAGUCUAAACCAAGAACAGAAGUUGUUUACAGAACGGAAUCUCCUGUAAUCAGUCCCUACCAAGUGGACGAAAGGCAGAGAAAUUAUUCAGAAAAUUCCCCAACCAUGUAUCAACCUAAAAGCAAUUACGCUAACAUAGAAUCAAUUCAAUCUGCUUAUAGCGAUUCUUCUCCUGUUCCACAGGAACAACCAAUUUACGCUAAACCUAAUAUACGAGGGUCAUCAUCAGAUAUGUACAAUAGACCUUCCAGCAAUUCUCCAUCUUACAUGACUGGUUCCCCAGAUCAGUAUCAGUACCAGAUUGAGCCUUCUCCACCUGUACAUGGAGGUUCUCCUAAUCAGUUCUAUGGCAGACAAAAUAGUGGAGAAAGGUCACCCAUUAUCUACACUCAGCAGAACAGUGGCGGGGAAAGAACACGCCAGCUCAGUGGGGGAUCAGGUGGAUUCUCACCGAGAUUUGAUGAAGGUACCAGACCUGUUCCUGGGCCACAGGUACCAGCUGUCAGUAUGCAGGGGACCAGUAAGAACAAAGAAGCAGAGGUUGAUGCCCUCACAAGCCUCUUAAUGGAAAAUAUGUCAUCGUCAGCAGAUCCAGAAUUCAUGGGAAUUUGUUGUCGGUGCAAUAGGAAAGUAAUUGGUGAAACAAAUGGCUGUACAGCACAGGAUCAAGUUUAUCAUGUAUCCUGUUUUACUUGUAUGGAAUGUGGAACCAUGCUAACAGGGAAACAGUUUUACUCAAUGGAUACCAAACCUUACUGUGAAGCUUGUUAUAUUAAUACUCUUGAGAGAUGUUCCGUGUGUUCUAAACCAGUCACAGAUAGGCUUCUACGUGCCACAGGGAAACCGUACCAUCCUGACUGUUUUGUUUGUGUAGUGUGUGGUAAAAGUCUUGAUGGCAUUCCUUUCACUGUUGAUGCUACUAGUCAGAUUCAUUGCAUUGAAGACUUUCACAAAAAAUUUGCACCGAGAUGCUGUGUGUGUCAUCAGCCAAUUAUGCCAAAGAAGGGUCAGGAAGAAACAGUCAGGGUCGUUGCUAUGGAUAAAAGUUUUCAUGUUGAGUGCUAUAGAUGUGAGGACUGUGGAUUACAGCUUUCAUCUGACGCUGAAGGACGUGGAUGCUAUCCACUGGAUGAACAUAUUCUCUGUAAAAAUUGUAAUGCCAGAAGAAUACAAGCAAUGACCACAAAGAUGACCACAGAACUAUAAUGUACCAGCUAAAGAUACUGAUAACAACCAAAUAGUAUAGUUCAGAAUAAAAAGUGCAAUGUACCAGAAUUCAGAUCUGCUUAAUUUCAUGUUCCAUUAUUUUUUUUUAUAAUGAUCUGAAGACAUCUGAUUACUAAAAUUGAAUUUCUUUGUCAUCUAAUUUUUUUUGUUGAAAUUUUUUAUAGAAAUAUAUGUGCUACAUUAUCAUGUUAUAAAUGUCAGAUGCAAUUUUAGGUCAAGUGGUCUUUUGACCUUUGAACUGGAAGAGUUCAAAUGCAAUCAAUCCAUUAAAAAAUUCAUAGCAUCUUUAUAAAUAUUUCAUUACACUGUACUAGCCUCAUGCUAUUGAUGUAUCUCAUACUUCAAACUUUUGUUUCAAUCUAAAUUUUGAUUUUGAGCAAAGAUAUAUAGUUUUGUCAUUUACAUGAUUUUUGAUGUGACACUUGCUUUAUUCAUUAAUACAAUUUAUUCGACAUUUUAUUUCUUUGGACAACGAUGGACCACUGGUCUAAAACAACCCUUUGUCCUUAUAUAUAUAUAUAUAUAUUGCAGUAGCUACUUGUGCAAUACUGUCCUUUUUAUACGACCGCAAAUUUUGAAAAAAUUUUCGUCGUAUAUUGCUAUCACGUUGGCGUCGUCGUCUGCGGCGUCGUCGUCGUUGUCGGCGUCCGAAUACUUUUAGUUUUCGCACUCUAACUUUAGUAAAAGUGAAUAGAAAUCAAUGAAAUUUUAACAUAAGGUAUAUGACCAUAAAAGGAAGGUUGGUAUUGAUUUU